AUGAGCGCCUCCACUGCUUUCACAACGAAUUUUGAAAUUCCUCUAGAACCCACCGAUCUAGAGAAGGAAUCCGAUAAAUACUUUUGUGUGGAUGAUAUAGAAGUGAAUAAUUUUUCACGUUCCGAGUUGGAUUCAACGCUGGAUGAAAUUGAGAACAAACUUUCCGAUAAAGCUUAUUCCAUAACGAACAAGGACUUGUUCAGUCAAAUCUACAGUUGUGUAAAACACUUUUCAUCAUUGGAAGAUAACUCGAGAAUUAGGCUGGUAGAUAGUUUAAAUAAUAAUCUGCUGUCGCUGCUGGCGAGCGUAGGUAAACUGCUCUCAACUGGGGUCGAGUCCGACAGUAAUUUGGAUCAUGUCAUUAGUAUUCACAAGAAUGCACUCAAAAUGUUUGUGUUUUUAUUAUACUGGGUGAUAUCAAAAUAUGAAAAGGAAGAGGUAGAAUAUGUCAAAUCGAAAAAAGACGAGGAGCUUAGCAAAUCAAAAAAGAAACGAGGAACUAAGGCUCGAAGAAAAAGUAUAAUUGAAAUGGACAGCUGGAAAGAAGGAAUUCUGCAUACUCUAUGCUCUGUUCUCAAAUAUGAUAACCUACCAAAGCUUUGGAAAAAAGAUCGUGUCGAAGAUGCCUUUAUACUCUUAUUCUUCAAAAUAUCCUUUUCCUUGAUGGAAAAUCAUGAUAAUAUCAAGUCAACUCUAAUCAAGGAAGCAAUUUUUAAACUAAUUACCAACGCUCUACAAAUACCUUCUGAUAAUUUACAAACUGUAGUAUCCACCAUACUCCACAUGAUUAUGAAUGAUGAACAAAUGACAAAUAUUAUUGUAGAAUUAAUCGAUCAUAUUGGAAAGAAUACAUCACGUGCCACGAAUGAUAGCUGUAGUACAAUUGAAAAACUUUUUGUGAGCGAGCUUUUCAGAGAAAUUGGUAGUCUAGAGUUGAACAAUGAUACACCUGGCACCAAGUUUCUCUCACAAUUCAUUUCUACCAUUGGUGAGCGAGUUCCAACAGCAAUUUUGUCGAAUAUGAGCGUUGUAAUUUCUCACCUCAACGAUGAGUCGUACAAUAUUAGAAAUGCAAUUAUUCAUGCCAUAUCGAGAGUCAUUCCAACCGUACUCAAACAAACCUCUGAUGAGAACAAUAGUAGAAAUACCACCUCUGAAAACCUCACAAAGAAGACCAGAGACCAACUUCUCAGCAUUCUUGAGGAAAGACUUCAGGAUAUCAAUGCAUACACACGAAGCAAAGCUAUACAGUGUUGGUGUUAUUUGUGUGAAGAGAAAUCCAUUCCCUUGAAGACCCUCCCAAAAAUUUUAGAAACUGUACUCGGUCGAUUAUACGACAAGACUUCAUCGGUACGAAAGUCUGCCAUUCACUUUUUAUCAACUCUACUUGAAAAUAAUCCAUAUGGAGCAGAUUUGAAAUUAGCCAAGUUUACCGAAGAAGCAGCGUCUGCUAAACGAAUUGUGGAGAGCUUACCUAAACACACUGAGGAAGAAUUGGAGAAUUUGCCAGAUCUUGAGCAAAAAGAAAUUCGCUUAACUCGUGACAAUGCAUUCAAAUUGUAUCUAUUUUACAAGGAAGGGGUAGACUUUAUUAAUAAGGUACAUGAUACCAUACCAUCCGUGUGCCUACUUCUUAGCUCUGAAACAAUUACGGAUGUAGUGGAAUGCAUUGAUUAUUUGGUCAAGUGUUUCAUGUUCAAAAUAGAGAUUUCAUCAUUUGGCUUGAAGAAAGUUCUUAAACUUGUGUGGUCGCCUCACCAAUCCAUUAAGGAUGCAGCUUCUGAGGCAAUUCAACACAUAUUUAUGAAUGCUGAAAGACUCAGCAGAAGCGCAGAAGAAUGCAUUGAGGUUGCGAAACAAUUCACCGAGUUUGUCACGGAGUGUAGCCAGUCUGAAUUGUCAGCCCUAGAGUGUAUUGUGAACAUGCUGGUCCUCAAGAAUGAGUUUUCCAAGAAUCUGUUCUUGUCACUUUUAGAAAUUAUUUCUCCAAAAUACUCUGAGAAGAAUUGCAUAGGAGCCUUAAUUUUACUGAAUAUGAUAGCAACCGCAAGACCAGAGGCACUUCGGAAAAAGAUCAAGUCUCUCAUUAAGGACUGUUUCGGAAGAACAGAAAAGCAGAGUUUCCUCAUUGCUCAUUAUGCAUGCAAAAUAUUUCAAAAGAUGGCCAUUGAUGAUUCGAGCGAUGCUUACAAGGCUGAAGAAAAAAAGAAAUCGAAAGCAUCAUCAACAGCUGACAAUGAAGACAUGCUUCGAUAUGCAGGAGGAAAUGACAACUUUAAGCUAACGGACGAUCACAAAUUAUUUGAAAUACUAUUAGAGUACACAAUUGAUAAGGAACAACACUUUCCAAUUUAUGAGUGGAUGAUAUUAGCAGAAUCAGCCAUCACCACCAUCUAUUCAUUGUGCAUGAAUCCAGAGCAACUCUCAGCUCACAUUAUCAAACAGGUUUCUCUGAAUACGAACUUGUCAGGAAGUAAUAAUGAAGCAGACUCUCAAACCUUGGCUGUAUCUCCUGUUGAGCUCACCAAGCUGUUCUUCAUUCUUGGAACGUGCGCCAUUCAAGAAUUAGUGCACUUGGAACGUCAGUUUAAGAAAGCAAAGGAGUUGAACAAGACUGCCAACAUUGAAAAGCAACAAAAGGCUUCCUCAAAGAAGUCUAAAAAAUCAUCAUCAAAAAAGAAGAGAGACCGAUCAGAGAUUGACAAAGAGGAAGAAGAAGACUCCAACACAACCGUGAUCGAGAAAGAGCUAGGAUUGGAUCCCUCCAAUAUGGACAUUCACUCACUAGAAGAAGCCUUUAAGGAAAAAGAAAACAAUAUUAUCACAGAGUCAUCACUCUAUGGAUCCUAUCUUCCACUCAUUCUCAAUAUUUGUUGUGACAACACAAACAUGUACAAAUACUCUGUUCUCAGAAGAAGUGCUAUAUUGGCUCUCUGUAAAUAUAUGUCUGUCAGCCAAUCAGUAUGUGAGCAACAUUUGCAACUUCUCUUUACCAUCCUUAUCAAAUUACCAAAAGAAAUGCACUCCAAAUCAUCCAUUGAUGGUUACGCCACAAUUAGAAACAAUAUCAUUGUGACCAUUGGCGAUCUUGCAUGUCGAUUUCCAAACUCUGUAGAACGAUAUAUCCAUCACUUGUAUAGCUGCCUUAGGGAUACAGAUCAAAGAGUUCGAAAGAAUACCCUUCUAGUGCUAUCACAUCUUGUCCUCAAUGAUAUGAUUAAGGUGAAGGCAAACAUUUUUGAAAUUGUGAGAUGUAUUGUAGAUACCAAUGAUGAAAUCUCUCAGCUGUCAAAAGCAUUCUUCACCAAAUUGGCUGACAAGGCUUCAGGAAACAACAAUCCCAUUUACAAUCUAUUACCAACCAUCCUAAGCAACUUGUCUCAAAAGAGUGCCAACAUUUCUCCGACCUCUUUCCAAAACAUUAUGGAAUUCCUAUUGUCGUUUGUCAAGAAAGUUCUGCACAAGGAAAAGCUUGUUGAAAAAUUGUGUAGAAGAUUUGAUUUGGUCAGGAUUUCAUCUUCUAUUCAAGCCAACGAUGAAGUUUAUGAAAAAACAAUUCAAGAGGAAGAUAUAUUACAAGAUUUAGAUAUUACUUCUCAACCUGAAGCAGCUCAAGAGGAUGACAUGAAAUUGGAUCACGACGAAGAGAUUGUUCAACAAUGGAGAAAUCUUGCUUUUUGUCUUACUCAGCUGUCCAUGAACGAUAAGUGUAUUCAAAUUAUGAUUUCUGAAAAUUGUGUAAAAUGCUACAAGAAGGCUCUCAUUGACUUUGAAGUAUACGACAUGUUAUCCUCCAUUACAGCCAAGUUCAAAAAGACGGCAUCCACCAAGACUGGAAAGAAAGCCAAUAGUGAGGUGGGAGUAUUAAGUCCAGAACUCAAAGACUCCAUUGAGGAAUGGGAGAAACAAAUUCGACAAACUCACCUCAAAAUGUGUGAAGAGAGUGGCGUGAAAUCAAAGCUUUUGGAGAGCGAUGACGAUGAAAAUGACGAUGAUGACGAUACAUCAGCAACUGAAAACACUCGAGGAGGCAAAAAAGUCAUUAAACGAAGAGGUAAAAAGACAUCUACCAACAAGAAAUCAAAAUCCAAGAAGGGUCGAAAAACAGUUGAUGACGACGAGGAGGAAGAGAUUGAUUUUUCUGAUGAAGAUGAAGACGACGAAGAGGCCAUCAAUGAGCUUCUAGAAAGUGAUGGUGAGGACGCCAAGGAUGCAGGCUCUGAUUUAGAACUAUUCGACAGUGAGGAUGAUAAGGAACAACAAGUUGACGAGGAAGCAAGUAACCAGACAGGGAGUGUAACCAAUGCAGAUGACACAAACGACGAGGAAGAACAAAUUGUCAAAAAGAGAUCUCGCCCAAAAAGACGAUAA